UUUAUAUGCAAUGCAAACAGGAAUGAAGAUUGAUAGUAAAACCCCAGAAUGCCGUAAAUUUUUAUCCAAACUUAUGGAUCAAUUGGAAGCUAUGAAAAAGCAAUUUGGUGAUAAUGAAGCAAUUACUCAGGAAAUUGUUGGUUCUGCUCAUGUGGAGAAUUAUGCUUUGAAAAUGUUUUUGUAUGCAGACAAUGAAGAUAGAGCUGGGCAAUUUCAUAAAAACAUGAUAAAGUCCUUUUAUACUGCAAGUCUCCUGAUAGACGUUCUAACAGUAUUUGGGGAGCUAUCUGAAGAGAACGCCCAGCACAGGAAGUACGCCAGGUGGAAGGCAGCAUACAUUCAUAACUGCUUGAAGAAUGGAGAGACUCCUCAGCCGGGGCCUAUCGGAAUGGAAGGAGAGAGCUUUGAUGUUGAAAGGGAAGAAGCAGGGUCAUCUUCUCUCCAUAGUGGAACAACUCAACCAACAUCAUCAUCUACGUAUGAAGCUAACAACAUACCAACUAGUAAUUACACUGGCAUACAUAUACCACCAGGUGCCCAUGCACCAGCCAACACUCCAGCUGAAUUACCUCAUAACACAGGAGUGACAAGUAACACCAUUCAGCCUGCUCCUCAGAAUAUUCCUCUAGUCGAUCCUUCCCUUUACAGUGCUCAGUCUGCAGGGGAAGUCCGUUUGACUCCAGAGGACUUUGCCAGAGCUCAAAAAUAUUGCAAAUAUGCUGGCAGUGCUUUGCAAUAUGAAGAUGUGAGCACUGCCGUGCAGAAUCUACAGAAGGCCCUCAAGUUACUGAUUACAGGCAGAGAAUGAAGCCUUUGUCCAACAGAUUCAUGUCUUAUGCCUAAAGAACUAACAGUUUAUUACUGUACCUGUUAGGGGAUGGAGUUAUACAGAAGUUCUCAAUCCCAUCACCCAUGAGAAUGAAAUCACUGUUUCAGUGUCAGAUUAGCAAUUAAUGGUACAGUAGGAAUCUCUGUUUUCAUUUUACAAACAGUGGAGCUAGAAACAUAUGAAUGCAGUGGCUUGAUGUAAGCAAAGUACUGUGAACGCUGCUCAAGAGUUAGAAUUCAUCUUGCAAUAUUUAGAUUAUCGGAAUGGGGAAAUGCUGAAUCCAUAAAAACCUUGAACGUAAGAAUGUUCUGGUAAAAUUUUUACUCUGAUUUUAUUAUUUCAAACAAUUCUUUAGUAAAUAUAAUAUCUUUAAAAUGGUAACUAAGAUUAGCACUUUCCUCCUGAAAUGAGAGCAUGCGAGAAGGCUGACAGAUCCACAAUGGGAAGAACUUUUUUCUAUGCGUAAAUUAUUUGGGUAU